AUGGGAACGAGAGGUCCUGUGAUAUGGUUGUUCUUAAUGUGUUGCAUCUUUGGUCACAUAAUUGUAAGUCAUAACAAUGGUUUUGUUGAAGCCAAGAGAUUUUCUAAAUUCGAAGAUUUGGAAAUCGAGAAGAGGCUCAAGGAUAUAAACAAACCCGCUGUCAAGAUCAUCAAGACUAUAGAUGGAGAAAGCUACGGGUGUGUGGAUUUCUUCAAGCAACCAACAUUUGAUCAUCCUUCUAUGAAAAAUCCCGCAAACCUUAACAAGAUGCGUCAAUUUUGGGAAGAAAUGAGCAAUCAGACAAACGAUGGUGAAUUUGGUUACUUAUGGGAGAAUGGUGUUGGUUGUCCCAUUGGUACGGUCCCGAGACAAAUAGUCACCAAAGAGGAUCUUUUGAGAUUAGACUCAUUGGACGAUAAUCAUAAACCCCGAGCCUCUUGGAACACUACCAGUGACGAUCCUAAUAAUCAGCAUUACGACCAACAUCAUUUUGCGGUAGCUUAUACGAAGAACAUAGGAAAGAGGUUCCAUGGAGCAGCAAUGGGACUAUGUAUAACCGCGCCUAAGGUUGAGCCGACACAAUUCAGUUCUUCUCGACUUCACAUGCAGAUCGGAAGCGGAUACAUCCAAAUCGGUGUGACUGUAAAUCCAGUAUUGUACAAAGACGACCAACCUCGGACUUACGUCUAUACAAAUACAAAUGGUGCAUCAUGUUACAAUAAUUACUGCAGAGUUGGGAUGGACGGCUUUCGACCAGACUUUCCACUUGGUAUGGCGCUGAAGCCAGUGUCUGUCCGUGGUGCUGAUGUGACUCACCUUCGUACCUUCCGUCUAGCAAAGUGGAAAAGUAUGGCUGUUUGGUGGUUUGAAUUUGGUAAAAAACUUUCACCGGUUGGACUUUGGCCGGAUUAUUGGUUUAAUCAAACCUAUGGAAAUUAUAUCGAGUGGGGUGGAGAAGUGUACAGCGCAAAUCAGCCUAGUCCUCCAAUGGGAUAUGGAUAUUAUCCAGUUGGGAGCAACCGUUGGGAUGCAUAUAUGCAACACAUAUCCGUGGUCGACACUUAUUUUGACAUAGACUUCAAUGUGAACUAUCUCGAAGACUUUAAUUCGAAAGGCUAUAAAGUGAGAGAGUCGACAGAUCCUAUACAUCAUGGCGGUCAUGUAAUCUUUUAUGGUGGUCCAGGCAAUAUAUGA